UCUACUGCACACAUAAGACAGUGGUACAAUACAACGAUAGGACCUAACAAGAAACUAGCCAGUAGUUUUUGUUGUAGAGAAACUAGCUAGUGAACGCCGAGGGACGACGAAGAUGGUGGCAAGGGCUAGGGUGCUGCUCGUUGCCGCCGUGGUAUGGUUUUUGGCAACCACGGCGUGCCAAGCCGCCCAGCGGGACUACGCCACCGCGCUCACCAAGUCGCUGCUCUACUUCGAGGCGCAGCGCUCCGGCAAGCUGCCGCCGACCCGGCGCGUCCAAUGGCGCGGCGACUCGGCCCUCAAGGACGGCGCCGACCACGGCGUGGAUCUCAUCGGCGGCUACUACGACUCCGGCGACAACGUCAAGUUCGGGUUCCCCAUGGCUUUCACGGUGACGAUGCUCUCGUGGAGCGUGGUGGAGCACCGGGACCGGCUGGCCGCGGCGGGGGAGCUGAGCCACGCGCUCCAGGCGGUGCGGUGGGGUGCCGAUUACCUGGCCAAGGCGCACGCCCACCCCGACGUGCUCUACGUGAAUGUCGGCGACGGCGACUCCGACCACGCGUGCUGGGAGCGGCCGGAGGACAUGGACACGCCCCGGAGGGCCUACGUGGUGAACGCCACCCACCCAGGCUCCGACGUCGCCGCGGAGACGGCGGCGGCACUGGCCGCGGCCUCCGUCGCGUUCACAGGGCCGCGCGGCGAUCCCCGGUACGCGUCGACGCUUCUGAAGCACGCGAAACAGUUGUUUCAGUUCGCCAAGAACCACCGUGGCCUCUACCAGAACAGCAUUCCAUCGGCCAGAAGUUUCUACAGUAGCAGCGGCGACGAGGACGAGCUGCUGUGGGCAGCUGUCUGGCUCUACAUCGCCACCGGCCACCAGGAGUACAAGGCCUACAUCGCCGGCACCAACAACGUUGGCGGGGUGCCGCAGUCGUUGUCCUGGGACGACAAGUUCGUCGGAGCCCAGGCACUGGUCGCCAAGCUCAUCCUCCAAGGGAAGCUGCCCAACAGCGGCCGCCACGCCGAGAUGAGGAGCAACGUGGAGAGCUUCCUCUGCAAUGUCGUUCAGCAUGGUGACGGCCGCAGCGGGCGGCUCACCCCGGGCGGCAUGCUCUACCUGCAGCCCUGGUCUAACCUGCAGGACGUCACGACGGCGAUGUUCGUCCUCGUCACGCACGCCGACCACCUGGCGGCGGCGAGGGCUUCCCUGCAGUGCGGCGGCGUGAGGCUGCCACCGGCGCAGCUCGUCUCGUUCGCACGGUCACAGGUGGACUACAUCCUUGGCAAGAACCCAAUGAAGAUGAGCUACAUGGUUGGGGUUGGAAAGAGGUACCCGUUGCAGCCGCACCACCGCGGCUCGUCGCUGCCAUCCAUCAGGAAAUACCCGGGGAAGAUCUCCUGCGGCAAAGGAGCCGAGUACUUCCACAGGUCUGCGCCCAACUUGAAUGUGAUUGACGGCGCCAUCGUCGGAGGGCCUGACAACAACGACCAUUACGACGAUUCUCGGGGAAAUUACCAGCAAGGCGAGCCAUCGACCUACACUGUUGCGCCCAUCGUCGGAGUUCUUGCUAGGCUUCUGCGUAACUGAUGUUCCUGUUUUCAGUCAAGAGAUGUGCAAUGUCAAUGCCGUCCUUGUAAUUUAGGCAGAUAUAACUUAGCCAAUAAAAGACUUAUACCGACAACAACACAGGCAUUGUUUCCUUCCAAACUUUGAAAAGAACUUCAACAUCACAAUAGUCCAACAUGA